AUGGCUCCUAGCUCUUUUAACGGCUGCACCAGCGGCACCAAGGGCGACAAGGGCAACGAACAGUCGCACUUGGUCACCGUUUAUCUUCGGGCAUGCUCGCUUUAUCUUGGGUCCUGGGGAGAGGACGCUGAACUCGCGAGCCUCUUCGCGGUUGUCAUGCUGAUAGCGAACUUCCAGUUCGAUUACUUCCCCCCACCCGGGCAUUUUUGGGUAUGA